GGCGUUCAGGAGGCCCCUCAUUUGGACGCGCCAGGGACCUUUGGGAACUCGAUUUUCCUUCGGCCUUCUCGGGCCUGGCACGUGAGGGCGCGCUGAGUUGCGGACGCCGCAUUUACACCUGACGUCAAAGCGCGCGCUGCUGCGCCAACCCCAGACCGGUCUCCACCCAAACUGCCUCCACCGCUCGCCACUUCACGCCCGGCGUGCAGGCUUCCAGAAAAGACGCGCAAUCGUCUGAAGUCACCCGUCUCCAAAGAGUCAAAACACCUCUGUGGCUGAAAUGGCGGUAGACCAGGACCCUGUGCCGGUGGCUGGGCGCAAGCGCAAGCUCAACGACCGCAGCGCCACUCGCCCGGUCGUCACUGACGAUGCUGCGUCCAAGCUUCAAGGUACCCAAGACCAGCCGAUCCUUCUGGAUGACGCCGAUGACGACCAGCCAGACGUCUUGUCUCAACCCGCAAAGAAGAGAGCCAGCAAAGGCAGAGCCAAGCCGGCUUCGGCACAGCAGCCUGCGACCAAAGCCACCGCCAAGGCCAAGAAGGGAAAGGGAAAGCAGAGCGACCAUGUCGAUGCGCCCGCGAAGAAGUCGAACAAGGCCAAAAACAAGUCCAAUGAAGAAAAGCGUCUGCGGAAGUUCCGCUCCAAUCCUCCGAUUUCAUUCAUUGAGAUCAAGGACAGAGCAUUGACCCAAAGGAUGUUCGUCAUUGAUCGCACUCGUGGAGGCACGGAUGAUUGCCCUGAAGAAUCUAUCGAGAUCGCAGGCACGACCGGUAACAUUUACACCGUGAACAUUGACCAAGCUCCUAACUGCACUUGCCCACACGCAAAGAAAGGCAACCAAUGCAAGCACAUUGUCUACGUCCUCAUCCGCGUCCUUAAGGCCCCGGAAAACCUGCAGUAUCAGCUCUCAUUCCUGCGCUCCGAGCUUCGCGAUAUCUUCUCUAAAGCACCGCCCAUUCCGUCCGAUUCCGGAGACGGCAACAAUGACGGCAACCGCAAACCCAUCGAGGACGACUGCCCCAUCUGCUGCAUGGAGUUUGAGCCCUCGAAGGAAAAGAUUGUGUACUGCAAGGCCGCCUGUGGUAACAAUGUGCACGAGCACUGCUUCGAGCAAUGGGCCGCCACAAAGAAAGGCUCGGGCCCGGUGACGUGCCCGUUCUGCCGCACGCCUUGGGCCGGCGACGAGGCAUCGCUUAAGAAGAUCGCAAAGACAGGCGGCACAGUCAACGCAGAAGGCUACGUCAACGUCGCAAACGAACUGGGUAUCUCAGGCGAGCGCGCAGAUUACUCGAGUUACCACGACUUCUGGGUGCGACAGCAAGCCCGCGACGGCCUCAUCGGUCACGAAUGGCGCGACUUUGGUCGUGAGUUUUGA